GUCAAAUCACUCAGAGAACUCGCUAUCAUGGCCUGCCUCAAGAACAUCCGUGAUAUCGACAACAUCGGCUUCCUCAGCUAUGAGACUGUCCGCGACAUUCUGGUCAAGAUUGACAAUGCCGCCCAACUCCGACAGAUUGAACUCAACUCACCUCAAAUCGAAGGGCAAACAGCCGAGAUAUGGCUGAAGCUCAUCGAGCGCGAUUUCCCCCUGGAAUCCAAAACCAAGGCAUAUCAGCCAAGGGAUCCCAAGAAAUGGUACAAGGUCUGGGAGAAGUACAAGAAUGAGCACGACACUGCGCUUCAAGAGAGCGAGAACAAACUCAAGUCCGCCCUUGCCGGCCUCCGCCAAGACAAGGAGAAGAACACCAGCAAGAUUGUCAGCGGCAAAGCUCUUCCCAGCUCUGCAAAGUUUGCCAUCAGACGAUAUACCGGUCCCCGCGAAGGCUCUUCCAACGCCCUGACAUUUGGCGGUGGCAGCCGCACAAAGACAGCCAAUGGAGCAAGCGUGAUGCGCAAGGUCCGCCGCGAAGUCAAAGAAAUUGCAAACAUCCACGGCUCCCUUUCACGGCCCAUCAAAGCACCUUCGAAGCGACCUGUCAUGAAGGCUCCAGUGGCCAUGGUCAAUGACCAUAAAAGGGCUGCACAGCCGGCAUAUCGA